AUGUCAACCGCCGACGAGCUCAAGGCUCUGGGCAACAAGGCCAUUGCCGCCAAGGACUUUGACGACGCCAUCGACAAGUUCACACAGGCCAUUGCCCUCGAUGGCAGCAACCAUAUCCUCUACAGCAACCGGUCGGCCGCAUACGCCUCGAAGAAGGACUGGGACAAUGCACUGAGUGAUGCUGAGAAGACCACGGAGUUGAAGGCCGACUGGCCCAAGGGCUGGGGGCGCAAGGGAACAGCACUGUACGGGAAGGGUGACCUUCUGGGCGCUCAUGACGCUUACGAGCAGGGCCUGAAGAUCGACCCGAACAAUGCCGGCAUGAAGAAUGAUCUGGCAUCGGUCAAGAGGGCCAUGGAACAGGAAGCAGGGGGUCCCGGCGGCGGCGCUGACCCAAUGGGUGGCCUGGGAAAUAUGUUCAAGGAUCCCAACCUCAUCCAGAAGCUUGCCAGCAAUCCGAAGACUAGCUCGUUACUCGCCGACCCCACCUUCAUGGCCAAACUCCAGGCGAUCCAACAAAACCCGAACAACAUGCAAGACCUGUUCAGCGACCCGCGGAUGAUCCAGGUCCUUGGUGUGCUGAUGGGCGUUGAUAUGGAGAUGCGUGAGUCUGCUGAUCCGGGGGCCGGCGGCUCUGGCUCGCGGGUGGAGACCGAGGAAGAUGUGCAGAUGUCGGAGGCCCCCCCUAAGAAGCCCGAGCCGGCAAAGGCGCCUGAACCCGAGCCGGAGGAGCUGGAUGACGAAGCCCUGGAGAAAAAGAAGGCGAAGGAGGCGGCCGACAAGGAGAAGGCCCUGGGAACCGAGAACUAUAAGAAGCGAAACUUUGACGAGGCCAUCAAGCACUACCAGGCGGCUUGGGACCUCCACAAGGACAUCACCUACCUCAACAACCUCGGUGCUGCCCACUUCGAGAAGGGCGACUACCAGGCUUGCAUCGAGACCUGCACCAAGGCCGCUGAGGAGGGCCGCAGCCUGUACGCCGACUUCAAGGUCAUCGCCAAGUCCUAUGCCCGCAUCGGCACGGCUUAUGAGAAGCAGGGUGACCUCGCCCAGGCGAUCGAUUUCUACAACAAGUCGCUGCGCGAGCACCGGACGCCUGACGUGGUCAACAAGGUUCGGGCCGCCGAGCGAAACAAGAUUGAGGCGGCGCGCAAGGCGUACAUCGACCCCGCCAAGGCCGAGGAGGCACGCGAGGAGGGUAACAAAAAGUUCAAGGAGUCGGAUUGGCCAGGUGCGGUGGCUGCCUACACCGAGAUGACCAAGCGCGCGCCCGAGGACCCCCGAGGGUACAGCAACCGCGCGGCGGCCUUCAUCAAGCUGCUCGAGUUCCCCAGCGCGCUCGAUGACUGCGACAUGUCCAUCAAGAAGGACCCCAAGUUCAUCCGCGCCUACAUUCGCAAGGCCCAGGCCUACUUCGGGAUGCGCGAGUACAGCAAGUGCGUGGAUGCUUGCACUGAGGCCCUCAACGUGGAUGCCGAGCAUCACAACGGCGCCAACUCCAAGGAGAUUGAGCAGCAGCAGCAGAAGGCCUUCUCCGCCAUGUACUCGGCGCGGGAGAACGAGACGGAAGAGCAGACCCGUGAGCGUUUGAUGCGGGACCCUGAGAUUAUGGGCAUCAUGCAAGACCCUGUGAUGCAGGCUAUCCUGCAGCAGGCGCAGUCCGACCCCGCCGCUCUGUCGGAGCACAUGAAGAACCCCGGCGUUCGCAACAAGAUCCAGAAGCUGAUUGCUGCCGGCGUGAUCCGCGUGGGUCGGUAA